UGCCGGGAAGGGCCGGUGGUGGCGGCGGAGGGGCGAUGGCGGCGGAGCGCGGCCGGGGCUGCCCCCCGCGGCGGCGGCGGCUGUGAGCGGAGCGGCGGCGAUGUGCGGCGGGUCCGGCGACGAUGGAGGACCGGUCGCACAAGGUGCUGCUGGCGCUGGUGAUGCUCUUCCUGUUCGCGGUGAUCGUGCUGCAGUACGUCUGCCCCGGCACCGAGUGCCAGCUCCUGCGGCUCCGCGCCCUCAGCCCCGCCGCCGCCGCCGACCCGUACCGGGCGGAGGACGAGACGCCGGCUCGCUUCGUGCCUCGCUUCAAUUUCUCCGCCGGCGACCUGCUGCGGAGGGUGGACUUCAACAUCAAGGGGGACGACCUGAUCGUCUUCCUGCACAUCCAGAAGACCGGCGGCACCACCUUCGGCCGCCACCUGGUCCGCAACAUCCAGCUGGAGCAGCCCUGCGAGUGCCGCGCCGGGCAGAAGAAGUGCACCUGCCACCGGCCCGGUAAGCGGGAGACCUGGCUCUUCUCCCGCUUCUCCACCGGCUGGAGCUGCGGGCUGCACGCCGACUGGACCGAGCUCACCAACUGCGUGCCCUCCGUGGUGGACAGCAAGAAGGAGGUGCGGCUCCGGCCCUCCAGGAAUUUCUACUAUAUCACCAUCCUGCGUGACCCUGUCUCCCGAUACUUGAGCGAAUGGCGCCACGUCCAGCGAGGAGCCACGUGGAAAGCGUCCCUGCAUGUCUGCGAUGGGCGAUCCCCGACCACUGAGGAGCUGCCCAGCUGCUACACGGGGGACGACUGGUCGGGCUGCUCCCUCCAGGAGUUCAUGGAUUGCCCCUACAACCUCGCCAAUAACCGCCAGGUCCGCAUGCUGUCCGAUCUCAGCCUGGUGGGAUGCUACAACCUGUCGGUCAUGCCAGAGGAGCAGAGAAACAAGGUUCUGCUAGACAGUGCCAAGGAGAACCUGAAACGCAUGGCCUUCUUCGGCCUUACUGAAUUUCAAAGGAAGACUCAGUAUCUCUUUGAGAAAACUUUUAACAUGAACUUCAUCUCGCCGUUCACGCAGUACAAUAGCACAAGGGCCUCCAGCGUGGAGAUAGACGAGCAGACUCAGCAGCGCAUCGAGGCCCUCAAUUUUUUAGACAUGGAAUUGUACGAUUAUGCAAAAGACCUUUUUUUGCAGCGGUACCAGUACAUGCGGCAGAAGGAGCACCAGGAAGCACGGCGGAAACGCCAGGAGCAGCGCAAGAUCCUGAGGGCAAAGCAGGCGCACCUGAAAGAGCAGGGCGAAAACAGCUCCAGCACUGACUACAUAGGGAACGUGGAGCGGUGGCGGCGGUAGUGGGGGGAGCUUCUCAGGAGACUCGCUGGAGACCGAAAGCAAAGCAGAACCCAACCCAACACCCAAAUCGGAGCCGACAGAGUAGUCCAGACAAAUUAAGCUUCUUAAAUAUUUGAAGCAAAAAGAGGUUAAAAUGUUGCCUUUGCAGUUGCCUUUGCAGUAAAUGUACUGUACGUGGAACACUUAAUCCUAGUGCGUAAUUAAAUUGUCCUUUUUAGGUUUGUUGGAUUAUUUAUGAAAUACAGGAGCCAAGUAAGCUCAUCGGAAAUGGUUGCUUGGACGUUUAUUUAAAAAAAAAAUCCUUAAAUUAGUUAUGAAUACAAAAUGGGAUGCUGGAAAAUGUUUUUGAUGCUCUGCUGAAACCUAUCUGGGAAGCAAACUCAUUUCCUAAUAAUGAGCAUUUAACAUACUCUCACAAUACAGUAUAUGAGCAAAACCUUUUCCUUUUGAUUUUAUCUUAAUUUUAUUUAAUUAUGUCUUUUCAAAGGGCACCAACUGCUUAUGAUAUUUAACAAGUUAAUGAAUGGACAAUGAAGGGAACAGUAAAGGUCUAGAAAGAAUAUUGACUAGUUUUAUGUAUAAUAUUGGCUUUUAAAAGGAAUAGAAGUAAUUUCUCUAGUUAUAUAAAUAUUUAAAAUUUUAAACUUUUUCUACCUACUGCUGUUUAGAGUUUUAAGCUUGGUCUAACUCAUAUUAAAAAAAAAAAAAAUGCAUUUCUGAACUCAAUGCCAAUGUUAAAGACAUUAUUUCCAGAAAUUUUCAGGUCAAUAUGAUUUUAACCGUUCUGGAGAAGUCACAGCACAUCUUCAUGUUUCAUAAAGCCUUUUACCAAUUAUAAUCUUGUGACAGUAUCUAAUUUUAGGUCUUUCUUACCUAUUAGAAUACAUAAUGCUGAACUUAUUAUUCCUUAAUAAUUGGUGAUAUAAACUAGAUGAAAUUGUGUUGCGGAUAUUUGUGUAGUAUCUUUAAAAAGUCAUAAAAAUCUCUAAUCCCAGCAAUAUUAUAAAGAGAAUUGCUCAAUUGAAGAAGUAGAUUUACACUUGAAUUAGGAUUUACUUCCAGUAAAUCUUUGCUACACAAUAUAAAAAUAGGGCUGUUUUUUUACACUCUUGAGCCCUUCUUAGUGACGACAGACUAGCAAUGACUAAAAAACGAUGGAAACA